AUGUCCCUUCGUAUCAAACCUAUCAAGCAAACUGCUGGAUCAUCGAAGCUGACCAAAGCAUCGAAGCGGCGCAUAGACUCGGACGAGGAGGACGCCACCCUUGCGCAGGACCUCGACAACGAGGGUCCCAGCUCCCAGCCACAACACAAGAGAGCGAAGACGGAGGACAGCGAUCACCGCGCGACGGGCUCGGACGGCGAACCCGACGUCGACGUGGAAGUCGAUAUUGAGGCGGACGCAGAAGACACGCGUUUCUUGCCCCCAGAAGCAGCCACUUUGUCCGCCCCUUCCCCGCCGCCAGCAAAGGCAUCGAAGCGCAAGAGCGGCAAGCCGAAGGUGGACGGCAAGUCCACGUCGGAGCGACGCUCCAAACGGACCGUCGUGUGGACGGACGACGAAGAUGACGAGUUUGUGGAUGCCGGUCGCAUCAUGGACUCGGAGGACGAGGACUUUGCGCCGGAGUCGGCGCCCCCAUCCAAGAAAGGCGCAGUCACGAAGGGGAAGGGCUUAAAACCGAGUGGAGGAACGAAAGGAGCGAGGGGAAGGGGGAAGAAGGAGGAGAAGGAGAUAAUCGUUCGAGAUGAGCGUAAGCUACCUCCAGCAGCGCCCUCCGCACCCAAAGACAGGAGCGCAGUUCCAGCAGCAAACAGCAAGCGGCCGGCCCCCAAGGACGAUCGUCAGGUGGCUGUUGCUGAGCCUGCUGCAGCAGAGAAAGCACAAGAGCCUGUUCCCCUAGAGGAAGCUGCGCCGCCACUACCCAAGAAGCGCAAGCUACCGACCAUCAAGAAGAACAAGGCGUCUGCCACCCCAUCCACUCCCUCUGUCGCCGCCGUUUCUCCUGCGGUAGGAGAGAAGAAAGAUGCCGCCGCAGACGUCAUCACGCCCGUUGGGGUGGCAGCGAGGAAGCCGGCCGCCACAGCCAACAACGCGGAUUUCGACCUGCGCGAUAAGAGCGUGUAUGCGCAGCUGUUCACCAAGGCGAGCCCUCCCGGCGGCACGACGCCCAAUUCGGGUCUGAACCGGAAGGAGAAGGAGGAGGAGCGGCGGAAGGAGCUCAACAAGAUGCGCGACGACGCCCGCGCAAAGCGCGCAGACGAAGCCAAACGCUCCUUCGACCUGCAGUCCGCGCACGACAAGAUCGCGCGCUUCGAGGAGAAGCUGCGUGCGCGCAAGUCCAUCGCGGCGUUCCCGAAUAUCCUGGGUGCCUACUUCAAGUCCGUGCACGAGGCGGCGAACAAGGAGGAGCCGGAGCGAAGGGAGCAAUGA